AUUCAGCAGCUGUUGGAACGUGAUGGAGUGAUCAUACAGUGUUGGUGCCAAAAAGUAAAUUUGAAUUUUGAAUAUUAAGCCAAAAAUAGAAAAGAAAAAAAGAACCAUGGCAGCCGGGAGCUUAAAUGAAAAUCGGGGAGGUCAUGCCAUUAUUCCCAUGAGAUAUAUAAUGUCCAUAAUGGGUUGUAUUGGCAUGGCAAUAAUUUAUGGCUUCAAAGUUAAUGUCAGUGUGGCGAUGGUUGCGAUGGUUAAUGAAACAGCGAUCAAAUUAUUGCCAAAGGAUCACAGUACAAUUAUUAAUCCAUCAUUGAACUCGAGUUUUCAUCCAUCUGUCAAUUCUACUCUCAAUACUAUUUUUAAUGCAACAAGUGUCAGUGGAACUUUACAUGAAUUAAGUAAAUCUUCUAAAACUGAUGGACCAUUUGUUUGGAGUAGACCGCUACAGGGUCUAAUUAAAUCCUCCUAUUUUUGGGGCUAUAUGGUGUCACUAAUACCUGCUGGAAGAAUGUCUGAACUUCUUUCUGCCAAAUGGGUGAUGAAUGUAUCCGUUUUAUUGAACGUUGUUGCUUCAGUUCUAUCACCUGUUGCUGCCCAAAUGCAUUAUUCUUUCUUUAUCGCUAUGAGAUUUAUACAAGGAAUUGGCGGUGGUGUCACAUUUCCGGCGAUGCAUGUUAUGGUUUCCAAAUGGGCUCCGCCAAAUGAAAGAAGCGUUUUGACAUCCAUCGUUUAUGCAGGAACUGCUCUUGGAACGGUGAUAUCAUUAAUCUUGACGGGAAUUCUCGCUGAUAAUUUUGGCUGGGCGUCAGUUUUCUACAUUGAGGGUGCUCUUUGUUUAAUUUGGUGCACUGCCUGGUGGUUAAUGGUUGAAGACAGUCCAGAUAAACAAAAACGAUUCAUCACCUCCGAAGAAAGAGAGUACAUUCUUUCGUCUUUGAACAAAUCCGUUGGCAAAAGUUCACAUGGUGCCGGCGUACCUUGGCGAAAAGUUUUUACUUCGCCACCGUUUUUGGCAAUUUUGGUCGCUCACUUUUGCAGCAACGUUGGAUGGUACAUGUUACUCACUGAACUUCCCCAUUACAUGAAUCAAAUGCUGGAAUUUAACUUAAGCGAGAAUGCAGGACUUUCCGCGCUACCAUUCUUUUGUAUGUGGAUUUUUACAAUGGGCUUGAGCAAAAUUCUUGCAAUUAUGCAGGAGAAGAAUUGGAUUUCCGUAACUGUUUCCAGAAAAAUAGGAACACUGUUCGCAUCUGCAGUGCCAAUGUUGUGCUUGAUCGGUGUCUCUUACGUUGGUAAAGAUAGAUUUCUCGCCGUUACCUUGAUGACAAUUGGUGGCACAUGUCUCGGAGGAAUGUACUGUGGUUUUCUUGCGAAUCACAUCGAUAUCGCUCCCAAUUAUGCCGGUACACUUGUUUCAAUCACAAAUUUCUUUGCGACAAUUCCAGGCUUAACAAUUUCCGUUAUCGUUGGAAAACUCACCGAUGGAAAUGAAACAGUCGAGGCGUGGCGAGUAGUUUUCUUCAUCACAGUGAUAUUUUACAUCGUUGAAAUGUUGGUUUACACGAUGUUUGGAACGGGCGAGGAGCAACCAUGGAAUAGAGUAGAUGAAGUGGGUGUUAAUGUUGAAGAAGCAACAGAUCAAAAAGUACAUCUAAAAGAACAUCGCGAAUUAUGA